UGACAAAAAAUAGUCAUAAAUUAAAAUAUCCAAGAGGCAUAAACUUAGGAUCUUGACUAAGCAUAAAUAAUAUAACAACCUCAAGUCCUACAAAUUUUACACGUACAAUUGCUUACGUUAGAGAAUUUUGUUCCAUGCACAUAUAAAUUUAGGUCCAAUUAUUCUCAUUUCUCAUCAACUAUAAUACAUUACAUUAGCUAAGUACUUAUUUUAGAACGAGCUUUGGUUAAUUACUAAUCUAUAUUAAUUAACCUCAAAAAAAUGGUAUCGUCUUUCACCUUAAAGUUAAUAGUAAUACCUUUUCUUCUUAUAAUUAAUGUAUUAAGCUUAGUGAAAAGUGUAAGUAGUUCAAAAAUUGUUGAACACCAAAGAGAAUCGGUACAAUCGAAUAUCCCAACAUGGGAUACAAAUUAUUUGGAGUUCCCAUUGAAUUUGGAAUACUUAGAAGCUGAGUUUUUCUUAUGGGGUUCUAUUGGACGGGGAUUAGACAAAAUUGCCCCUGAUCUUGCUGAGGGAGGUCCUUCUCCAAUUGGAGUUAGAAAAGCCUUUCUUGACCCUUUUACUAAUGAUGUUAUCGCCCAAUUUGCCCUCCAAGAAGUUGGUCAUUUGAGGGCGAUCAAGAAAGUGGUGAAGGGAUUUCCAAGACCAACAUUGAAUCUAAGUACAGCACAAUUUAGUGAAGUGGUGAACUCAGCAUUUGAACAUCCACUAUUUCCACCAUUUGACCCUUAUAGAAAUUCAAUAAAUUACCUUCUUGCCUCUUAUUUGAUUCCCUACGUUGGUCUUACUGGUUAUGUGGGUACCAUUCCCAAGCUUCUUUCCGUUGAAGCCAGAAAGCUAGUAGCAGGAUUGCUAGCAGUGGAAUCAGGCCAAGACGCAGUGAUCCGAUCAUUGCUCUACCAACGACGAUUACAAAGGGUGGUACCUUACAAGAUAACCGUGCAAGAGUUCACGAACCGGCUUUCAAAACUAAGGAACAAGUUAGGGAGUGACCUAGGCUCAAGGGAUGAAGGCAUAUUUGUAGACCGGAAAGACGGUGCAGAAGGCAAGAUUAAGGGCAAUAUACUUGUAGGGGAUGAGAACUCUUUGGGGUACCCUAGAAGUCCAAUAGAAGUAUUGAACAUUGUGUAUGGAAGUGGUGAUCCUAAGAAAGUUGGUGGGUUUUUCCCUAAAGGUGCUGAUGGUUACAUUGCACAAUCCUAUCUUCAACCUAAGAAUGCUACUUCUAAUGAUAAUAGAUUAGUUUAGGAGACUUUGUCAUUAUUUUCAAGGUUUUAUAUUUUUAAGGUUUAUAGUUAGAGUUUUAUCUAGAGAAAUAAUUUAGUCUGUAUUUUGAUUUUACAAUGCAAGGAUUUAGAAUGUUCAUUUUUAUUUUGUUUUGGACAAAUUUGUUAAGGUAGCUAUGAAUUUUAGUGAGUUACUGGUGAGUAAUUGAAGAGUAUUGAAAGGCUGACUUUUUUUUUUUUUUUUUAAAAAAAAAAAAACUAUUGAAAGUCUAACUUUGUGGUAAUAUAAUGAAUAUAUGUUUAUUGUGACUAACUAACACCGGACACUACAUGAGAUGAUAUUAUAAACUGUAACAAGUAUUUUGCAUGUGGGUUGAUCGUAAGCCCCGAACUCUUCGUCAAUAAUGCUUCUGAAUUUACAAAGAUUCACUGAG